CGUCUAUUAGAAUCAGAAGAGAGGUUUCUUCAAGAUCCCCAGUUUCAGAUUCUUUGCCAGACAAGGAGAUGAAAAGGAUGGUGUUUUCCGCAUGAGCCUAAGCCCCGACGGCGCCCUGCUCGCUGUCAUCCACUUCUCGGGUCGCCUCUCUCUGUGGGACGUCCCCUCCCUCAAACAGAGGGCCACAUGGAGCCAAGAUCAACAGCCAGGAUUUGACGAGAUCAACCCAGAGUGGAAGACAUCGCUGGAGAGAAGGAAGAAAAUAAAAGAUAAGGAGCAGUACUACCCGCUGGAGGAUGUGAGCUGGUGGAGCGACGUGGUGCUGAUUCUGGCUCGCUGCUCUGGCUCCGUCACCGUGUCCUCAGUCAGGACGCUGCGCAACCUCCUGGGGAAAUCCUGCGAGUGGUUCGAGCCCUCGCCUCGAGUCACGGCGGCACACGAAGUGGGCUUCCUCAGCCUGGAGUGUGAGGUGAAGCUGGCUCAGAAGCGCGGCCGCCUGGAGAGCAACCUGAGCGGCGGGGCCAGUGACGAUGAGGAGGGGGAUGAUGGCGGAGACUCUGAUUCAGAUGAAGAGUCCUCAGCUAAAGCCCGCUACUUUGGCUACGUCAAGCAGGGCCUGUACUACGUGACGGAGAUGGAGAGGUUUGCGCCACCUCGAAAACGUCCCCGCACCGUGAUGAAAAACUACCGUCUGGUCAGUCUGAGGUCGACAACACCAGAGGAACUGUACCAGAGGAAGAUUGACAAUGAGGAAUACGGUGAAGCCCUGUCUCUUGCUCAAGCGUAUAACCUGGAUUCUGACCUGGUGUACCAGAGACAGUGGAGGAAGAGUACCGUCAGCAUCGCCUCAAUACAAGAUUAUCUGAGCAAGAUCUGCAAGCGCUCAUGGGUGCUGCACGAGUGUGUGGAGCGAGUACCAGAGAAUGUUGACGCAACCAAAGAGCUGCUUCAAUACGGCCUGAAGGGAACCGACCUCGAGGCCCUCAUCGCCAUAGGAAACAGGGAAGAUGGGGGCAGGUUUAUCAUGCCAGGCGACGUUGACCUCGACGACCUCCCGUACGAAGACAUCUUGUCAGGAGACGAGGAGCUGGAGAUGAAGAAGGAGCGGGAGAACAAGAAGAGACUAGAGCUGUUGGCCAAGGUCGACUUCAGCAGGCUGACUCUGGAGCAGAAGGAGCUGUGUCGGAGCCGACUGAAACUACUCUCCUAUCUGGACCGGCUCGAAACAUACGAGGAGAUACUUGGCGGACCUCACGCAGCGGAGCAGAAAUAUGAUGCUGAGUUCUUCAAGAAGUUCCGCAGUCAAAAUAUCGUUUUGUCAGCAAGAAACUACGCCAGGGAGAGUAAUGUGCAGGCUCUGGACAUCCUGUUCACUUAUCACGGAGCCGAACUCCUCCAGCAUCGAUUAGCUAUCCUGCACAACUUCCCAGAAACCACCUCCCCGCACGAGUACACCACCCUGUUGCCUGAAGCCCGCACGGAUGGAGACGAGUUGGCUUUGAUUCCAUGGGACGAAGAAAGACACAGAGAGAUGGACUGGUGCGAGGUGGAGGAAUGCAGAGCGAUGCUGGAACAGAACUUGUUUGAUGACGACAGUUUCCUGUACGAAGAGACUACAGACAGGCUGAGGUUCCGCACGGCGACACCGUCCAUCGAGCUGCUGACCGACUGGUACCAAACCCGAGCUAUGGACAUCGACUCCUGCUCCAGACAGGUGGACUGCGCCCUGUCGCUGGUGCGCCUGGCGAAGGAGCGGGAGAUCCCGGGGCUAGAGAUCCUGUGCGAUGACUUGGUGACCAUGGAAACACUCGUGUACGAGACAUCGUGUGAAUUGAGUUUGACACUUAAAGAUCUGCAGCACCUAAGUGACAUUGACAAGCUCCGCCUGCUCAUGAAAAAUUCCAGCAUGGAGCGGUACGUAAAGGACAGCUUCCAGUGGAUGGUGCCGUUCCUGCACCGAUGUGAGGGGCAGAAAGAGGGCGCUGCUAAAUCUCUGCUCAGAGAGUUCCUGGUCAGCCUGGCCCAGCAAGACCUCAAGCUGCCUCUCAUCGUCUUCCAACACUCCAAACCUGAUUGCCAGCAGAAGAUCAUCGGGGACCCAGACCAGCUGAUGGCGGUCGCUCUGGAGAGCAUCUACAGCAGUGAGAGAGACGACCAACUCAGCCUCUGUUACGACAUCCUGGAGUGUCUGCCACAGAGGGGCUAUGGACAAGACACGGCCAUCACCGCAUCCCUCCACGAUCAGGUGGACAAACUUGAGAAGCAUCUCAGUGUGGUGGAGAUUCUGGAGAAACACGGUCUGCAAAAGCCCAUUUCAUAUGUGAAGAACAGUCAGACCAGUGAAGAGGAGGCACACCAACUGAUGGUCAAACUGUGUCGCCACACUGGCCGCAAAAACCCUCCAGUGAGUGAGACGGUGUGGACAGCUCUAUUGCGGGACCUGCUGGACAUGCAGAAGAAUGUCUACACCUGUCUGAAACCAGAGACGUGUCACCAGGUCUUUGUUGAGUCCCUGCUGUGUUCCAGCCGCGUGGAGAACGUACGCCUGGCCGGGCAGCUCAUGCACUGCUCCAAGGUCAGCCAGGAUGUUCCUGUCAGCUUGUCUUUCCGGGGGAAAGGUUUACUGAAGGUGGGCUACGACAACAGCUUGGAAUUAGUAUUGGCUGCUGCCAGAGAGUACUUCAACUCAUCCACCACGCUGACUGACCCCUGCAUGGGCCUGGCCAGGGUGUGUCUCCGGCUGAUCAAUGGGAUUAGUCAAGAUGUGUAUUCGUCCUACAAAGACGUGCCUCAGGAAAACUUUGCAGAGGUUUUGCUGAGGACUGGCAAACUGGCUGAGGCCAAAACUGAGGGGAAAACCCUUUUUCCUGCCACGGAGGUUUUGCUGCAGCUGGCCAAUGAUGCAUUUCCCCGGGACAUGAUGCUGGCUCUGUCCUACUUACUGGCCUUGCCUCAGGUGCUGGAUGCCAACAGGUGUUUUGAGAAACAGUGUCACUCCGCCUUAUCACUCCAACUGGCUGCCUACUACUACUCCCUGCAGAUCUACUCCCGCCUCAUACCGUGCUUCAAGAACAAGAACCACGCUCUCUAUCAGUGUGAGUGUGAAAGUGUGUUUGUAGGAAUCCUCACACGUAGCAUAAUGGUAGCUGCGAAUGUGCCGCCGCUGUACGGCAAAGUGCUGAGUAAAGACAUUGAGAUUUUUCACUCAACCAUUUAUCUUCGCCUGCAGUCGCCAUCCUCUCAUUGA